UUUCCCCUCCCUUCUCUUGAAACCAACUGUUUUCGUAGCAGAACAAGUAUACCACCUCGCCUUCCACUCUUCCCAUUUAAAGGUCCACCUCAUCCCGUGCCAACCCGUCUCUCUCCCUACCCCGUCCGUCCGUCCGUCGUCAUCAUCAACAAUCCAUAUCCAAAAACUAACAACAUUAAAUCACAGAGAUCCAAUAUUUCACAUCUCUUGUCUUCUUUUACCGCCUCAAAGGUUUCUUUUUGGACACAGGAAACAGCAAAAACAACGCCACGCUGGGAUAUAUAUUAUCGGUGUUGCCCAAAUACCAUCAGCCCGUACAGAAGCAUCCCAAAACCCAAAAAAAAGUUCUGUUUCGUCGUCGUUGUUGUAGGUUUUUUACUCCUAUCUAUGUUUGUAUCCCCAGUUUCAGGUCCCAAGAGUUUCUCUUGAAUACCAGAUCACAGUUUUCUUUAAUUUACCUGAGCCCCAAAAGUUGAAUUUUUUUUUUCUUCAUAAAUUGGGGUUGAAGGGUAGUUGACUGACAUACAAAUGGGGAUCGAGAGAAAUGUAAGCAAACCAAAAGGUAAAGUGUACGGCGAGUCUAAGAAGAAUAGGCGAAAGCAGAAGAAAACAACAGUAGUGGUUCAGAAGCUUUAUGAAACUUGCAAGGAAGUAUUUUCCGAUUGUGGCCCUGGUGUUGUACCUUCACCCGAUAAAGUUGAACGGCUUAAGGUUGUUUUAGAUAGCAUGACUGAAGUAGAUGUAGGCCUGAGGCCAGAUAUGACAUUUUUCAAAGCAACAACUGGCGGAGAAAUCCCCAGAAUCACGUAUUUACACCUCUAUGCAUGCGAAAAGUUCUCGAUUGGAAUCUUCUGUUUGCCGCCCACGGGUGUCAUCCCGCUUCAUAAUCAUCCUGGAAUGACAGUUUUUAGCAAGCUUCUUUUCGGAACCAUGCACAUCAAGUCAUAUGACUGGGUGGGUAACGGACCUGAUGCCAUGGCUCUGAAUGCUGAUCCAUUAGAAGAACAUCCAUCAAGAGUACGGUUGGCGAAAGUGAAGGUCGACUCUGAGUUUACUGCUCCGUGCAACACUUCGAUUCUGUACCCUGCUGAUGGCGGAAACAUGCAUUGCUUCAAAGCGAGGACUCCAUGUGCGGUACUUGAUGUGCUUGGACCGCCAUAUUGUGAUCCCGAGGGCCGCCACUGUGAAUACUACAUGGACUUCCCAUUCACAAAGUUCUCAGUCGUCAACAGCAUAUCAGUGCCUGUGGAAGAGAGGGAUGGGUAUGCAUGGCUUGAAGAGAGGGACAGACCUAAGGAUGUAACUGUAGUUGGGGAAGUGUACAGCGGGCCAAAGAUAGUGGAGAAGUGAGAUGUCUGUCCCCAGUAGCAUACUUUCUGACCGGUUGAUCCAUUGGAGCAGAGUGCAACAUUUUGAUGUGUACAUACUAAGAUAGAGAGCUUGAAAGAAAAAAUGAAAUGAUUUUCCAUAGUGCAGCACAAGGUAAGAUUGUGGGAGUUCGUUCAUCUGUUGUUAGUCAGUCAGUCAGUCAAUGGUACUGAUGAAAGACCACAUCCUCUUUUUCAUCUUUUAAUUCUCUCCGUGUCUUCGAAAUCUGACACUAUUGCAUAUGAAAUUUGAAGUAUUUCCUUCAA